CGUGCUUGGCUCAUGCCUUUGUGAACCCAGCCCGCGCGACCAAAUCGGGCCGAGCCAUACUCUGGAGCUGCCAUAGCCCUUGAGCGGCUGCCAUGAGCAGAGAGCCAGGCCGCCGCUUCCAGCGGCUUUGCGUCUAUGGGGGCAGCAGCUCCAAGGUCAGCGAGGAGUACUUGCGCUUGGCCAGCACCUUGGGGGAGACCCUGGCCAAGAGAAAGAUUGGGCUGGUCUUUGGCGGUGGCAAGGUGGGCCUCAUGGGUGCUGUGGCCGAUGCCGUGCUGGCCCAUGAGGGCGAGGUCAUCGGCGUGAUCCCCAGGGAUAUGGUGGAGUUGGAGCAGGCGCAUCAAGGAUGCACUUCACUUCGGGUGGUGGACACGAUGCAUGAGAGGAAAGCCUUGAUGGCGUCGUUGGCGGAUGGAUUCAUCGCCUUACCGGGUGGCUGGGGGACCUUGGAUGAGAUCGCUGAGGUCACCACCUGGACGCAGGGCGGCUUCUGUUCAACAACUCCGCCGAAGCCCCGCUCCGCAGAACCUCCGGAGGAUCCGGAUCGGACCUGUAUGGCUGGUCGCCUUCGGCUGAACAUCCACUUGAAGCCCGUCGGUCUGCUGAAUCGAGCUGGAUACUGGGACCAUUUGCUUUUAUGGGCUGAGAAAGCCUGUCAAGAAGGCUUCAUGACCGCGACCUCGGCGAAGAUGCUCUUGGCCUCCGACGACCCGGAGGCCUUGCUCGAGCUCCUGGCCACGGCAGAACUCCCUGCCGCGCGGUGCUGGAAAUCCUUUGGUCUCCUGAUUUCGUAGUGAAAUCAUCGGUGGACGUGGAGUGAAAACCACCUGGAAAUGGUCUUCGGAUGAAUUGAAAAG